AUGGAGGAUAGUAUAAUGGAUGAUGGUGGACUUGAGGGAUGCAUCGAAGAAAUGGGAGAGUUGGCCAAGGAUAAAUCACCAUAUCUUAGUAUGGAGUUUCCAUCAGAAGAAGCUGCAUAUGAGUUUUAUAAUGAAUACGGAAGAAUUGUGGGAUUUAGUAUUAGAAGAGAUUAUUGUAACAAAAGUCAGAAAGAUGGUGUUAUGACUAGUAGAAAGUUUGUUUGUUGUAAGAAGGGAGAGAGGGAAAAAGAUAAACGGUACACGAUGAUAAAAAAUCCUCGAAGUGAGACAAGAACAAAUUGUAAAGCAUUUAUGCAUAUAUCUUUUAAGCGGGACUUGUCGAAGUGGAUUGUGUCGAAGUUUGAUAGCAACCACAACCACCCUUUGCAUCUUCCUCAAUGUACUCAUUUGAUGCCAUCUCAGAGAAAGGUAUGUGAUGCUCAGGGUAUAAAUAUUGACAUAGCUGAUGAGAGUGGAAUAUCUCUUAAGGCUUCACAUGAUCUUAUUAGUGUUAUAACAGGAGGGAAGGAAUUUGUAGGGUUCACACGGGAGGAUCAGAAAACCUACUUACGUGCAAAAAAGCGAAAUUGCGUAUGGAUAUUAUAUGAUGAAACUGAGAGUCAUUGGAAUGGUUAUUUAAACAUUUGGAUGCAAUGUAAGGAAAAAAACCUGUUAGUUUUUCACAGAUCAGAUCAAAGCAAUGCUAGCGAAUGUUCACAAUAUGCCUGGGUUUCAUGGGUUGUGACUUUUCACCUAAUGCAAAAUGCUUUGAAGCAUUUAGGUUACUUGUUCAAGUGUGGUUCAAAAUUUAGUAGCAAUUUAAAAGCUUGCAUUUAUGACUACGAGAAUGAGCAUGAAUUAAUUGAAGCUUGGAAUUCUUUGAUUGAUAAAUACAACUUGCAAGAAAAUGAGUGGAUGAAAAGAACUUGGAGAAAAAGAGAGCAGUGGGCGCAUGUGUAUAUGAAGUGGGUAUUUACUGGAGGAAUACGAAGCACACAACUUAGUGAAAGUCUAAAUGGAACAUUAAGGGGAUAUUUGAAGGGUGAUCAUAACAUUGUUCAAUUCUUUACUCACUUCAAUCGGAUUGUUGUAGAUAAGCGUAUGAGGAAAUUUCCGCAAUAUAUGAUUCUAGACAAAAGUUGCCAAGAAUGA